AUGUCUUCCGGUGGUGGCGGGGGAGGGGAUCAGGGCCGUCAUGGCCUCUACCACCAGCAUGGCCACGGCCAACUCACCCGCUACGAUGGCGCCGGCGGCUACGAGCUCAGCAACGACGACAUGGAGAGCUUCUUCUUCAACCAGCCCGAGGGCGUCGGCGGUGGUGUACGCGACGACGAGAUCGCGCCGUACUCGAGCAUCACGAACUACCUGCAGGGGUUCUUGUUGGACCCCGCCGGGCUAACUCGGCAUCUCGACGUGCCGGCCAAGCACGAGCUGUCGGUCGACGUUAGGAGCCAUGACCAAGAGAGCCAGGGCACCGGCAGCGCUGCUGGAGAAAGCGCGGCGCUGCUAACACCCAACUCAUCGGUGUCUUUCUCGUCCGGAGGCGGGGACGGUGAGGGAAAGUCUCGCCGGAGCAACAAGGGCCGGGCGCAGGAGGCGGAUGACCAGGAGGAUGGGAAGGACCAUGAAGAUGGGGAAAGUUCCAAGACAGCGAAUAACAAACCCAAAAAGAAAGCCGAGAAGAGGCCGCGGCUGCCCCGCGUCUCCUUCCUCACCAAGAGCGAGGUCGAUCACCUCGAGGACGGCUACCGCUGGCGCAAAUACGGCCAGAAGGCCGUCAAGAACAGCCCUUAUCCAAGGAGCUACUACCGGUGCACGACGCCCAAGUGCGGCGUGAAGAAGCAGGUGGAGCGGUCGUACCAGGACCCGUCGACGGUGAUCACCACGUACGAAGGGCAGCACACGCACCACAGCCCCGCCAGCCUCCGGGGAAGCGCCGCGCACCUCUUUAUGCCCCCCGGACUCCACGGGCUCCCGCCGCCGCACCUCAUACCGCCGGGGGUGUUCCACCCAGAGCUGAUGAGCAUGAUGCGCAUGCCCUACCCAAGCCCUAACAUGCACCUGCUGAGCGUGCCACCGCCUCCCCAUCAUCAUCCAGCCUCUCAUCCAAUGGCGGGAACUCUCCAGCAGCACCAUUUCACUGACUACGCGCUAUUGCAAGACCUUUCCCCUUCCACAAUGCCCAACAACCCCUGA